UCCAAGGGAAAGACCAAGUUGCGCGAGCAAAUCGCCGCUUCUGACUGUCAAUCACCAGAGAGCAAAGGGAGUAAGUGAAACUGGGGGGGAAGAUCGGGUGAAAAUAAGAUCUCAGGUCAUAUUGUAUAUUGAGUCAGUGAAUAAUCAGCGGAAAAGCUAGUGGGAAUCACUUUGGGAGCGAUCACGUAAACCGCCCCGUCCAUGAACGUAAAACUUGGCGAGCCUCAUUACUGCGUGCGUACACUCUGGAAAGAGAAAACACGGACAGUUCUCGCACAGAGGGAAAAACACCCAGAGAAAAGCAAACACCGCCUUCUGUAAACUACAGGAUAUUGCGGCGAAAGUGGAUUAUAAAGUUUUGGCUCUCUGCUCGAACGUGAUCGACUGUUUUUAGGAGUUGGUGUCCUGUUUUUCUGGAGAAGUUGAGUGGCUAGCUUGUCGUGUUUGGAAUUUCAGAGACGGGCUUCGCAGUGAGAGCUAUUGCGAGGUGGGGACCGGAGGGAGGAGUGUCGGCGUUCGGCAAUUUGCCUACGUACAGGACAAGCCUCUCCACGGCAAAGAAAAAAUCUCAGAAGAUGAGCGGGGGAGAAGUGGUCUGUGCGGGCUGGUUGAGAAAGUCUCCGCCUGAGAAAAAGUUGAGACGUUACGCAUGGAAGAAACGGUGGUUUGUUCUUCGCAGUGGUCGUCUCACCGGGGACCCAGAUGUGCUGGAAUACUACAAAAAUGACCACACCAAGAAACCCAUCCGCGUCAUCGACCUGAACCUGUGCGAGCAAGUGGACGCCGGCCUGACCUUCGACAAGAAGGACCUGGAGCACAGCUUCAUCUUCGACAUCAAGACCAUCGACCGGAUCUUCUACCUGGUGGCCGACACGGAGGAGGACAUGAACAAGUGGGUCCGGUCCAUCUGCGACAUCUGCGGGUUCAACCCGACCGAUGACGAUUCGGGGAAGCCCUCGCACCAGUCGAGCAGCACGGCCAUGGACGUUCCGCAGCACCCUGGCCCAGUCACCAUGACGCCCUCGCCCAUGAACAACGUCCCUCCGCCCUACCAGCCCGUCAGCAUCCGCCAGCUCAACACCUCGUCCAGCCUGGAGGAGCCCCAGGACUACCUGUGGCUGGUCAACUGCGAGAGCAAGAAGCCAGAGUCCGUCAGUAGGCCCCACGCGGGAUCCUCCAAGUCUACCUCCUCAGAGACGGACUGUAACGACAACCUCCCGUUGCACCGGCCCCCGGGGGCGGGGGGGGUCUCCAAACACGGCUCGGUCAACGGCUUCUUCUCGCAGCCCCCCAGCCUGUACGACUCGCCCCCCUCCCGCGGGGCCUCCCUGUCCACCGAGUCCAGCCUCUACAGCCUCCCGCGGAGCUUCUCCCAGGACACGGUGCUGCUGCCCAAACCGGCGUCCUCCCCCCCGGCCCCCGACGGCGACUCGGAGCUCUACGUCUUCAACGCGCCCUCCCGCAAGGCGUCCAUGGAGAGCCAGCUCCGCCAGCUGUCCAUCAGCUACGACAUUCCCCCCACGCCCGGGAGCAACUCCGCCUACCAGGUCCCUCGCACGGCGGGGCCCGAGUCGGCCGCUAGCUUGCCGCAGUUGGACGUGCCCCCGCCCCGGCCCCCCAAGCCCUCCCUGACGGCCCCCCCGGAGCGCUCGCCCACGGAGAACUACGCCGUGCCGCGUUCGGCCUCAGAGGCGGACGGGAACUACUGCGUGCCGCCCGGCGUCGGGGGGAAGACGCUGCGCAGCAACACCAUCGCCACGGUGGACUCGUCACGCCUCAGGAAAGAUUACGGGUCUCAAGACUGCUACGACAUCCCUAGGUCUUUUCCUUCGGAGGGAAGCAGUUCGUUCGACUUCAACGAAAGCUUCAACGCUUACUUAAAAAACAAAGGCAUGAUGCCAGUACGCAGCGCUUCUUCUGAGGAGGUGGACGAGAACUACGUACACAUGAGCGCCAACUCGCCCUCCCACCACCAUUCCGGAAGCCUCUCUGAGCCAAUCCAGGAGCCCAACUACGUUCCCAUGACGCCCGGCACGGUGGAGUUCUCCUCGCUGGGCAAGCAGGUCCCGCCCCCGGCUCACAUGGGCUUCCGUUUCAGCCCCAAGACCCCGCCCCGAAAACCCAUCCCCAUCUCCGACUGCCAGCCCCCGCCCGUGGACCGCAACCUCAAACCCGACCGCAAAGGUCAGAGUCCUAAAAUAAUGAGGGCCAAACCGUUUGCUUUAGAGCGAACCGAUUCGCAAACCGUAGGCGAAUUCCCCCGACGACGCAAGGCUAAACCAGCGCCACUGGAGAUUAAGCCCGUGCCAGAGUGGGAGGAGCUUCCAGCUCCUGUCCGCUCGCCCGUCACCCGGUCCUUUGCUCGGGAUCCCUCCAGGUUCCCUAUGCCGCCCAGACCCCCAUCGGUGCACAGCACCGCUUCCAGCACUGACUCGGAGGAGUGUGAGGAGAAUUAUGUAUCCAUGGUCGUCCCUAAUAUGAGCACAGAUGAACCAAACAUGAAGCUGAACGCUCCCAUGAACGCGGAAGGUGGAAGCAGCCCCAUGGUGAAGCCCAAAGGAGACAAGCAGGUGGAAUAUCUGGACUUAGACCUGGAUCCCGGCAAAUCCACUCCCCCUCGAAAGAAGAGCAGUGGCACAGGCAGCACGGUGUCGGAUGAGCGUGUGGAUUACGUGGUGGUGGACCAGCACAGGACACAGGCCCUGAAGAACACCCGCGAGGCCUGGAACGACGGGCGGCAGUCGACCGAAACCGACUCUCUCUCCAAAGGGCCCAAGUGAGCGGCCAGGCCGAGACCCCCAAAAACGCUGCCGCAGCCCCGCCCCGCCCCGCCCCGCCCGGCCCAAACCCCGCUCCAUGCGGGGCAGACUGGACCGCGCGCACGGACCUCAGUGUUCUGUUUACAGCGCCACCUGCCUGAACCGCCGCACCCCAUCGGCUCUGAGACUUAAGCUCGCUGCCGUGGCACCGGUGCAUCGUGGGAGAAGUGUCCCAUCUCGGUCGGGCUGGAGCCUGCAGAGACGUUGCUAAAGCAGGCGACCUUAGGACCAGUAAAGCCUUUCUCGCAUUGCGUCGUCUAGUUUCCACGCGCUCUAGUUCUCACGUACUGUUUCAGCUGCUGACGGGACUGGGCCUCGUUGGGAAAAUAAGCAUUCACACGUUCGCAUUACUAACGCCGCUGUGACAGGCUCUGUCACACUACUUUGUUUCAGUCUGUUGUGGGGAAAUUCAUGCUUUUUUUGUUGUCAACUUCAUUUUAGCAGUAAGAUCCAUGUUUUUAGGUCACUUUUUUCAAAAGAAGUGUUAUACUUUUUAUAUUUCCAGGUGUAUCUGAGAAAUGACAGUGGAUCCAGAUUUUCAGAAUUUUAAUAUUCACGCAUCUUUAGGUUCCUUUUAAAUUCAAGUCUGAAUGUGCAAUCAGAGGAGUUUUCUUAGUGUUUUAAAUCUGCAGGUUGAAGUUAGGUUUUUUCAUUUCUCGCCAUUCAUACAUCAUCACAUAAGUGCAAGGCAAAAUGCAAGUGUCUGUAAAAAGUGUUAUGUGUAUUGGUGUCCUUAAAAUGUAUUGAAUAUCUAUAGUAUGUGAAUGCUUACUGUAAGUGCGGAUUCUGCAGGGUAGAAUCCUGCACCUACUGAGAUGGUGGUAUCCGAUUUAUGAUAUGAACUAAGCCAUCAGGAAAAUGGUGGAAACAACUGUGACAGCUUUUGACGGAAAGUUUGUGAGCUUUCCGUUAGUUUUAUGCAAGGUAUCAAAACUCUAAAAGUAAAAAUAAAUCAGGUACUCAUUGACAUAUUGAUACAAGUAUCCAUUUCUAAUUUAUUUUGAUGAGUAGGUCAUCAUUUGAACAGUUGUGGUCCGGCAAACCUCUCACUACUGUUAAAUAUUAGGUUUUCUGAUCAUCUGUAGACCAUUAAUACUUAAGAAACAAGUUUGCUGUAAAAGAUGCCUUUCUUGACAAGUGCCAGUUAUAUAUAUGUUUUGCAUCACAAUUUUAUUUUUGAUUCUUCAUUACGCCAUGUAGCUGGCUUGUUGAUUAAUUUUUCUCUCCUGAUUAGAUGAUUAUAAUUUAUUAUUUUUUUUAUCGGAUUUCCACAGAUUUCUUUGGGACGGACUGACUGCCUUAUCUAGACAGUGUGAUAUGUCUACUGUAAAUAUGACAAAUUUUCACCUUUUGCCUAAGAGUCUUCUACGUACUGACAAAUUUUACCGUUCGUAAGUGUUCUUGCUUCACUAAUCUUUUCCUACAGCUAGGAGGCACAAAGCGUCUUGCUUUGACAAGGAAAUCUUGUAUAUAUUUGCUCCCAUAUUUGAGCAUGUACCUUUUGAAAGCUGUGCCUAGGCUGUUAUUUCCAGAGUACUUAAAUUUAUUCUCCAUCAGAACUUUACUUGUUGCAAACAAAACUAUAAAACAUUGAUGCUUUGUAUUUUUUUUAAUAAAUCAAAAGGCAAGUGUACAUUUUAAAGUCGACUAAAUAAAAACAUACCAUUAUGCAUCAUUGUGAGAA